AAUGGAUGCCUCGUCCCUCUCCACGUUAGUCAAAGAGAGAUAUAUGGAUAAUUUCCUCAUUGAUACAGUCAUCACUAAGUAUUUGGAAGAAAACAAGAGUACCAUUUGUGCGUUUCUUCCCACUGAAGCAUUUGAUUGGCUUUUGUCAAAUGACCACAACUUCAUUGUCAAUAAGUUGAAAGGAGUGCUAUCACAUUUUCAUGGGUUUCAAAUUCUUCUCCUACCACUACACAUGCAACAUGCUCAUUGGGGCUUAAUAGUCAUAGAUUUCCAACGUCAACAAGUACUGUUUGAUGAUGGUUUUCACCUUGAUCCUGGGCAUCUAGUGAUGAAGAAUGUCAAGAAAAUAAUGCAGUAUGUAGGGGAAAUAUUCUCAAAUAUUCCGUCUUUUGAUGACGUCAAUUCAUUCCAUCACUUUGGUAUGCCAAGCCAGCCAAGUUCUCCUGCAGAAGGAUCUGGCAGUUGUGGAGUAGGCGUCAUCCUAUCUGCUAGAGACAUAAGGAACAACUUUCAAGGAAUUCGCCUGGCUUCAACGAAUACCCCGAACCAAUACACUGCACUCCAACCACCAAAUGCCCAAAACCAAUAUGCACCACAUGUUGGUUUUGUGUUUCCUGGUUCAAACGGGGGUCAAUGGAUGCCUUCAGGUUACAACCAAAACCCUAGUCAGCCUAUCAGCCAGCCAUCGACCAGUAGCCUAAGUGUAGAGAACCAGACCGGCGACACAUCAAAACAAGCUCCUAAAAAGAAAGCGGCCGGCUGGUCAGAACCAGAAACACUAGAACUCAUCGAGGCCUGGGGCGCAAUUUCGAAUACCAUCUACGAAGUCUAUACGAAAGCCUGGUGA